CCCAAAUCGCUGGGAUUAUAGGCAUCCUUAGUGAGAAGGAUGAUUUUCCAUGAAAAACUUGAAAUCACAACCAUGUGUGGCUUCUUCUUGAAUGGACCCUCCUGAGGCGCUGUAGAGGGGGCUGGGGAAAGGCAGAGGAUGGAAAAAAUGAAGAGAAAGGAAACUGAAGAGUUAGAUAGAACAGAUCUAACAGAUCUACCAGGUGCAACCACAGGGCUGUGACAUUUCAUGAGCAGUGUCAAAACAACUGUAAAGCCCCUAAAUGAGAAGUGCCCUAGAGAAAUAAGCCAUCCCACAUCAUGGUCACUGGGAAAGAAUGGGGAGAGCCCACCCAGCCCGUGUUCCCAGGAUACAAAGAGUCCAAUAUAUCCAAAUAAGUCUUCCCAAGAGAACUGAGAAAACAGGAAAGAGAUCACCCACAUAGGAACUCACCUUUAAUCCCAGGUGCCCAGAGCUAGAAACCCCAGGUGCCUCAGGACACUACUAAUCUCAGGGUUGGGGAGGAUAAAGAUGGUACUAGGGUGAGGAGCAAGGUGAGCAAGGGUCUGAUGGGCAGCAUAUAAUGCCUGUAUCACAGGUAGCAUAAAGAUUAAAAGAGAGCAUAUUUGACCUCCUAGCACAGAUGGUGAUAAGAAGAGACACAAGAUUAAGUCCCUUGUCUCCAACUCUGAACAAUGCUCUAGAUAACUCUUUCAGCCAUAAAACAGAAGCUCAAUUGAUACAAAGCUAGUUAUAGUCAUUACACCUCCCAUUUAGUGUAAACAUUCAAUAGUUUGCAGCAAAGGUAUGUUUAAUUUUGAGUUCUACCCCAGCUUCAGGAGGGUGUUUUAUGAUGCUAGUUUUCUUCUAACUCUUAAAUAUUCUGAAUUCUGAAAUUAAUCUGAUCUGAAGAGUUCAGAGAAAAGUCUGCAGAUCUGUAGCAAGUCUGGCUCCUUUUCCUUUUUAAAAUUGAGCAUCUCUGCGAAAGAAAGAAUAGAAGUAUGAGAGAGAUGGGCAUGUGGAUUAGCUUAUAAACUGGACAGGGGACUGAUGUGGGGUCCCCUGUGUGGAUCUUGAUGUCCAAGUCUCAGAAUAGGAAAGAUGAGAAACUGUGUAUAUCCAAACCCCUUUGUAAAAGCAGCGGGUGUAGAUGAAUUAAAUGCUUCAUAUGAGGGAGGGAGAGAGGGAGGGAGAAAGAGAGGGAGAGAAGGAGAGAGGGAGAGAGUAGACAGGCAGGCCAAGCCAAGGAGAGGAAAGGAGAGGAGAUAUCUUUGAAGAACAGCAAGUCUGAGAGUUUCCCUCAGCUUGCGGAAAGGGGGGGAGGAGGUUGAGGUUGCUGCUAUGAGAAAAGAAAAAACCAACCACAGUAGAGCUUUUAUUGCCAUCAAAGGUUGGCUUGGUACCUGAAGCAGGGAAACUCAAGAGAGAAACUGUAGCCACUGCCCAGCAGGUACAAAGAUGAGGCACCUGUACUCAGUGGUCAGCAACGAGAACACAAAAAGAUAUCUCUGGGCAGGAGCCAUGGCAUGGCCACCCCCCUGCUGGCUCUUCAUUUUGGGGACCCUAGCAGGGAUCUCAGCUACUCCAGCCCCUGGAAGGUGUCCAGAGAAGCACUACUGGGCUCAGGGAGGACUAUGCUGUCAAAUGUGUGAGCCAGGAACAUUCCUUGUGAAGGAUUGUGACCAGCACAGAAAGGCUGCUCAGUGUGAUCCAUGUAUACCAGGGGUCUCCUUCUCUCCAGACCACCACACCCGGCCCCAUUGUGAGAGCUGUCGGCACUGUAACUUUGGUCUUCUCCUUAGUAACUGCACCGUCACUGCCAAUACAGAGUGUGGCUGCCCCAAGGACUGGCAGUGCAGGGACAAAGAGUGUACAGAGUGUGAUCCUUCUUCACACCCCUCUCUGACCAUUCAUCCAUCUGAAGCCCUGGGCCCAUACCCACCACCCACCCACUUACCUUAUACCAAAAAGAUGCCAGAGACGGGGACAGUCAAUCAUGUGCAGACUCCGGCUGAUUUCAGGCAGCUGCCUGACCCAACUCUCCCCACCCACUUGCCACCUCAAAGGUCCCUGUGUAACUCAGACUGUAUCCGUGUCUUUGUGAUCUUCUCUGGAAUGUUUCUUGUUUUCGCCCUGGGAGGAGCCCUGUUCCUCCAACAAAGAAAAUAUGGAUCAAACAAAAAUGAAAGCCCACUGGAGCCUGCUGAGUCUUGCUCUUAUAGCUGCCCCAGGGAGGAGGAGGGCAGCACCAUACCCAUCCAAGAGGACUACCGAAAACCAGAGCCUGCUUCCUACCCUUGAGCCAGCGUUGGGUGGGGGUGGAGGGCGGAGGGGAAGGUCAUGGUCGAAAUAAAGCUCUAACCUCCUUUUCACCUCACUGGCUGUCCAGAGAGCCAGACCUGGCAGUCCUUACUUCAGUACCAUCCUCUUAUCGGGAUCCUUUCCUAUGUACACUUGACAAAGUACCUUGCUGAGACUGGUACGAAUUGAGACUGAAUGAACAGGAGAUUGAUUAAGCAAGCUUGGCCCAGGUACUACGGGAGGGCCCAAGCUUUAGCUGUAAAACACACUUCUGUCUGCAAAAGCCCCACACGCUAUAGCCCUGACCCCCAAAAUGGGCAAAAUAAAAAUGACAGACUCCCA